CAGUUUCGAUCCCGAGAUGUCGAUUGUAAGUGUUUUCCCUGUGGAUGCCGUCACCCUGGUGUUGCUGGGGGCUCUGACCAUUAUCCUCCUGCUGUAUUUCAACAGCGGCUUGAAAAAUCCUGGAGUCAUCAACUACCCCCCGGGACCCCCUUCUCUCCCAGUGAUCGGGAACCUGCACAUGUUGGAUCUGAAGAAGAUGAACAAAUCUUUGAUGAAGCUGUCUGAGAAAUAUGGCGAGGUAUUUAGCAUCAAGCUGGGACCCACAACUGCAGUGGUGCUGACCGGUUAUGAAGCAGUGAAGGAUGCUCUCGUCAACAAUGCAGAUGAAUUUGGAGAAAGAGCACGCAUCCCAAUAUUUGAAGCGGUUUCGAAAGGACACGGUAUUACUUUUGGUCACGGGGAGUCAUGGAAACAAAUGCGAAGAUUUGCCCUCACCACGUUACGAGAUUUUGGAAUGGGAAAGAAAACCAUUGAAGACAAAAUAAUUGAGGAGUCAGAUUUUCUGGUAAAAAUCAUUGAGGCUUAUAAAGGCCAACCGUUUAAUCCAACUGUCCAACUGAACUCUGCUGUGGCCAAUAUAAUUUGCUCUAUAGUUUUUGGUGACAGAUUUGAUUAUGAGGAUGAAAAGUUUGUCAGUUUAGUAAAGAGAGUAAAUGAGAACAUUCAACUUGUCGGUUCACCUGUGGCCCACCUGUACAAUGCAUUUCCACUCCUGAGAUUCCUUCCAGGAAGACACAAUAAAGUGUUUACCAAUACAGAACAGACUAUGAAUUUCCUCAAAGGCUUCUUCAAAGAAAAUCGUCAGAAACUAGAUGACAAUGACUUGAGGAGUUUUAUCGAUGUGUUCAUGAUCAGACAACAGAACUUUCAGGAAUCAGUGAACCAUAAUUCAUACUUCCAUGAAGACAACUUACUGACCUCAACGAAUAACCUGUUUUCUGCAGGGAUGGAGACCACCUCAACCACACUUCGAUGGGGAAUGCUUCUGAUGAUGAAAUAUCCAGAGAUCCAGAAAAAGGUUCAUGAGGAAAUUAUCAGAGUUAUUGGAUCUGAGCGACAUCCCAGAGUUGAAGAUCGGAAAGAUAUGCCGUACACUGAUGCAGUGAUCCAUGAAAUCCAGAGGUUUGGGGACAUCGUACCACUGGGCAUAACACAUGAAACAACAGUGGACGUAGACUUCAGAGGAUACUUCAUUCCAAAGGGAACCCAUGUAAUCCCAUUGCUGUCCUCUGUGCUGUAUGAUAAAACCCAAUGGGAGAAACCAAAUGAGUUCAACCCAUCUCACUUUCUGAAUGCUGAGGGCAAGUUUGUGAAGAGAGAUGCCUUCAUGCCUUUCUCUGCAGGUCGAAGGAUUUGUGCCGGUGAGACCCUGGCUAAAAUGGAGCUGUUCCUCUUCUUUACUACCCUGAUACAAAAAUUUAAGUUUCAAGUCCCACCGAAUGUCAGUGAACUGGAACUCGAGUCUGGAGUGGGUUUUACUUCGUUCCCAAAGUACCAAACUGUGUGUGCUACCGCGGCCCCUCCUGUUGCCAGUUUCGAUCCCGGGAUGUCGAUUGUAAGUGCUUUCCCUGUGGAUGCCGUCACCCUGGUGUUGCUGGGGGCUCUGACCAUUAUCCUCCUGCUGUAUUUCAACAGCGGCUUGAAAAAUCCCGGAGUCAUCAACUUCCCCCCGGGACCCCCUUCUCUCCCAGUGAUCGGGAACCUGCACAUGUUGGAUCUGAAGAAGCUGAACAAAUCUUUGAUGAAGCUUUCUGAGAAAUAUGGCGAGGUAUUUAGCAUCAAGCUGGGACUCACAACUGCAGUGGUGCUGACCGGUUAUGAAGCAGUGAGGGAUGCUCUCGUCAACAAUGCAGAUGAAUUUGGAGAGAGAGCACACAUCCCAAUAUUUGAAACGGUUUCGAAAGGACACGGUAUUAUUUUUGGUCAUGGGGAGUCAUGGAAACAAAUGCGAAGAUUUGCCCUCAGCACGUUACGAGAUUUUGGAAUGGGAAAGAAAACCAUUGAAGACAAAAUAAUUGAGGAGUCAGAUUUUCUGGUAAAAAUGAUUGAUGCUUAUAAAGGCCAACCAUUCAAUCCAACUAUUCAACUGAACUCUGCUGUGGCCAAUAUAAUUUGUUCUAUAGUUUUUGGUGACAGAUUUGAUUAUGAGGAUGAAAAGUUUGUCAGUUUAGUAAAGAGAGUGAAUGAGAACAUUCAACUUGUCGGUUCACCUGUGGUACACCUGUACAAUGCAUUUCCACUCCUGAGAUUCCUUCCAGGAAGACACAAUAAAGUGUUUGCCAAUGCAGAACAGACUAUGAAUUUCCUCAAAAGCUUCUUCAAAGAAAACUGUCAGAAACUAGAUGGCAAUGACUUGAGGAGUUUUAUCGAUGUGUUCAUGAUCAGACAACAGAAGGAAUCAGGCAACCCGAAUUCAUACUUCCAUGACGACAACUUACUGACCUCAACGAAUAACCUGUUUUCUGCAGGGAUGGAGACCACCUCAACCACUCUUCGAUGGGGAAUGCUUCUGAUGAUGAAAUAUCCAGAGAUCCAGAGAAAGGUUCAUGAGGAAAUUAUCAGAGUUAUUGGAUCGGAACGACAUCCCAGAGUUGAAGAUCGGAAAGAUAUGCCGUACACUGAUGCAGUGAUCCAUGAAAUCCAGAGGUUUGGGGACAUCGUACCACUGGGCAUAACACAUGAAACAACAGCGGAUGUAGACUUCAGAGGAUACUUCAUUCCAAAGGGAACCCAUGUAAUCCCAUUGCUGUCCUCUGUGCUGUAUGAUAAAACCCAAUGGGAAAAACCAAAUGAGUUCAACCCAUCUCACUUUCUGAAUGCCGAGGGCAAGUUUGUGAAGAGAGAUGCCUUCAUGCCUUUCUCCGCAGGUCGAAGGAUUUGUGUCGGUGAGACCCUGGCUAAAAUGGAGCUGUUCCUCUUCUUUACUACUCUGAUACAAAAAUUUAAGUUUCAAGUCCCACCAAAUGUCAGUGAACUGGAACUCGAGUCUGGAGUGGGUUUUACUUCGUUCCCAAAGUACCAAACUGUGUGUGCUGUGCGUCGCUGAUGAAGCCACCUCAUUCAUGAUUUAUGUGAUUUUCAUUCGCACAAACAUUUAAUCAUCUGAAUAAUAGUGUUCCCUUGUUUCUUCACACAGUGCCUGUCAAAUUGGGCUGAGUCAUCGUCAUUAUAUUUACUUUAACAAUGUGAUGUUCACUGUGCAAACUAGCUCUGUCACAAAUCACAAAGGAGUCAGAAGGAGCAGUGAAUUAAGAAACAUGACUGUGAAUUUCCUGAAGUUGCCCAGUGAUUUAUGCCCCAAUUUUCAUCACAUAAAUGGCAUCAAAUCCUUAAUCUUGAAAUUAAGUUUAAUAAUUUGUUAGAUUCCCUGAUUAAUUGUCCAUAGAAUACAUUGUGUAAAAUAUCCCUCUCACCCUAACCUGUGUAUUAAUUUAAGUUAAAGAGCUGGGUGUUUGACAUUAAGUAAUGGGAGGGUGUGAAAUCUAUUGUAUCAUUCCCAAGUUUGAGUGAAAAUUCAUUAAAUAAUUUCAUUGACUUUUAUAAACACAUUACAUCGAGCAUUUACCAUCAAUCAUUCUUAAAUGGCACCUCCUGAUGAAAUUAACCACCUACCCCACCAAUAUGCCUGUUUGUUUAAUGCAUAAAGGUGAGCAGACAUUUGUAUAGUCAAUAAAUUACCCUGUAAGUAAACAUGAAGGUUGUCAAAUCUGGACAUAUUCCUGGAGGUUUAAUUAUUUAACCUCAAGUCUCUGCCUAAUGUCACUUCCAUCAGUUGACCAUCCUGUGUCCUGCCCAGCCAAUUAUUGAACAGCCUCUUUGUUACACAGUUUGAUCAUUCUUCACUGUCAGCCUUUUAUUCCCCCAUUAUCUUUUUUUUACUUAAAUAGUAACUUCUCAAAAAAAAAUCUUGUGGGCAAGUUUUUAACAGAUUCGUAGCUCAGGUAAAAGGGUCAAAGUUCAAAAGAGAUGGAAGGGGCAAGUUUUUAACACAGAGAAUGGUAGGUGCCUGAAACAUGCUGCCAGGGUUAAUGCUGAAGGCAGAUACGAUAGGAGUGUUUAAAGGGAUUUUAGAUAUGCACAUGAAUAAAUAUCUCCCUCCAGGGCUUUGGACCAUUGGCAGGCAGAAAGGAAUAGUUCAAGUUGGUGUCAUGUUCAACACAACAUCAUGGGUUGAAGGGUCUGUUCCGUGCUGUACUCUCUAUGUUCUAUAAGUAUAUAUAUUUUAGUCUGCUUUUCAGUUUUGUCUUUGGGACUCAUUUAAAUCAUAAUAAUAAUGUAUGGAAGGAGGCUUAUUGUGCUUUUUUCUGACUCUUUGAUGUAGCUUUCCAUACUCUUUCCAUGAUUAGCCUGGGGAAUUCUUCCCAACUGGGUAUUUAUACUUUUGGAAGUUCUGAGUAAGGCAGCAAAAUCCAAGUCUUAACAACUCGCUGUGUAAUUUUUUUCUUAGAUAGCCUUGGACAUUUUGUUAAUUAAAUUGAUGAUGCUGAUGCCAUUGAAACAGAUUUUUUUUACCAACCAGUUUGGAGGAAUACAAUACAGACUUGCCUGCUGUCUGAUAGAGUGAACAUCUGCUUAAUAAAAUCUCUUGUAGUUUCAAA